AUGAGGAUUGGGGUCAGAAACACCUAUAUACCGAAUCAUAUAAGGCUAACUGCUGCGCUGCAUUUUUAUGCAACAGGGUCGUUUUUACGCGACAUAGGACAGGACUUUGUGUGUCCAAUGAGCAAGUCAACAUUAUGUUUGGUAAUAAAAGAAGUGACUUUUAUUAUUCAGGAUAAAUUGAUGCAGAAGUACAUAAGAUUUCCCACUUCUGCAGAUGAACAGAAUAUUGUUAAACAAAGAUUCUUCAAUGCGACAGGCUUUCCAGGGGUAAUAGGUGCUGUUGAUUGCACGCACAUUAAAAUAAAAAAACCUCAUAUAGAAGUGGAGCAUUGUUACAGAAAUAGAAAAGGUUAUUUUUCAAAAAAUGUGCAGCUCAUUUGCGAUUUUGAUUUAAAAAUCUUGGGAUGCUAUGCUCGUUAUGGUGGAAGUACGCAUGAUGCCUUCAUAUGGGAGAACAGCGCAAUCAAAAAGUUCCUAGAAGUCAAUCACAGGCAAAAUAAUGACUCAAUUUGGUUACUGGGUGAUUCCGGAUAUCCUCUUCAACCAUGGUUAAUGACUCCUUUUAGAAAUAGUGAAAAUGCAAGCCAGCGAACGUUCAAUGCAAAGCAUAUUAAUGCUCGAAAUUGCAUUGAACGAUUGAAUGGAGUUCUUAAAAAGGUUUUUGCAUGUUUGUCAUUUGAACGUGGUCUGAUGGUUAGUCCUGCUUAUGCGGGAUCUAUAGUAAAUGUCUGUUGUGUUCUGCAUAAUUAUAGAAAAAACCAUAACUUACCCAUGCCCGAGGUACAAGAACACCAACAAACAGAAACCGAUUCUUCAGAUUUGUACAGCACUAUUUCUGUUUUAAAUGAAGGCCGAAGAGUACGGGAAUCCAUUACAAGGAAUUAUUUUCAUUAA